AAAUACUUUUGACAAUACCCGAAUCAAUUUUUUCAAACGAAGUUAUAUGCAAGAUUUGUCGAUUUUUUCACAAUUAUGUGCCUAAUUUGAUACAUUUAGAAGUUUAGUAUGGCUCCAAAGAAGCAGAAGGAUGCGUCUAAAUCGCGGGCCAAUCUCGCUGACGAUGAGGCAUUGGAGUGGCUCAAGCCACGCGUACUCAUCAAACCAGAUGAUCAGGACUUCGUGCCGGAAGCUGAACUUGAAGAAGAAGUAGGUCGUAUAUUAACAACAAUAAAUCCUCAAUGGGUACCAGUAGAGGUGGCAUAUCACUACGGGCAAGGCAAGUUCAUUACGAAGCCUAUGCCGAUUUUUGGGAAAGCCUACCCACUGUACGUGUACCAAGGCACCGCAAUACGAAAAGAUUCUGAUGAGGCACAGGCACAAAUCGCUGCCGGAUAUGGCAUGGUUGGUUUUGAUGACGCGGGUCCUAAACGUGCUAAAGUUAAAAAAACUGCUGCUGAAGAAGAAGAGGAAGAGGAACCGGAAGCGGAACAGCCGCCCGUCGAAGAAGCUAAACUAGAAGAGGAGGUAGCAGCUGAAGAGGAAGUUCCAGAAGUAGUAGAAGCUCCACCAGAGCCAGAUGUGCAGGAUGAACAGGAAGCUGUACAAGAAGAAGUCGAAGAACCGGAACCAGAAGAGAAACAGGAGGCAGCCGUGGAAGAAGAAGUCAUUGCGGUAAAGCCGCGAGUCAGGAAGCUGGCCAACCAGUUCAACUUUUGCGAACGAGCUGCUCUAACUUACAACUUCCCUCGCCGCUCUGUCGAAACACAAACAGUCCCGCCGCCAAGAGCAAACUUCGGCUCUACCGCUCUACAAUGCAUUAUAUUCGACUUCUACCAAGAGGAUUACGCAAGAAAGAUGCGUGAAAAAGAAGAAGAAAAACCGAAAAGGCUUCGUAAGAAAAAAGAGAAGCACGCGAAAUCUGCUCAGCAAAUCCACGACGAACAGUUGGCACAGCGCAUCCGCGAGGCGUGGGCCAUACUCGAACGCCUCGUCAAUCAGAACAUUUACGACGACAUCGCUCAAGACUACCGUUACUGGGAUGAUCCGUCGGACGAGUUCCGCGAGGGCAUGGGCUCGCUGCUGCCGCUAUGGCGGGUCCAGUUCGAGCCGAUGCGCAGCCACGCCGUCUGCGACAUGCAAUGGAACCCCCACUAUCAGGAUUUGUUCGCUGUUGCUUACGGCUCCUUGGACUUCACCAAGCAGCAGAAGGAAGGAUGCGUGUGCCUGUACAGCAUCAAGAACCCCGCGUUCCCGGAGUAUGCGGUUAUCACAGAGUCGCCGAUCAUCUGUAUUGAUGUGUACAAGGAGACGCCUUAUCUCAUCUGUGUUGGUUGUUAUGAUGGAAACGUGUGCGUGUACAACGCACAGCUCACCCUAGAGGCUUCCUAUCAGUACAAGUCGGAUUCUGUCCGGGACAAGCACAGUAAUAUUGUGUGGGAGGUUCGUUGGGGGGAGCGGUUGAUUGACGGUGAAGCGUCAUUCUUCUCUGUGUCUGGUGAUGGGCGCGUGGUUCAGUGGGCGGUGAUGCCAGGCGAGCUGCGCGCCACCACUAUCAUAGAAUUGCGCGCGCCCGCGGCACCAGUACCUGGACCCGACGGCACACUUAUCGCUGUUAAUAGUUGCGGCAGCAGUAUCUGCUUCCACCCGGAGAAGGCAGAUAUCUUUCUGGUGGGCACUGAAGACGGCGCGAUCCAUACCUGCUCGCUUAAAUACAACCGCAGCUACGUGCGCACCUGCCAGGCGCAUCACAUGCCCGUUUACCGCAUCAACUAUAAUUACUUCAACAACACCAUUUACGCAUCCUGCUCAGGAGAUUGGAGAGUCAAGAUAUGGGAGGACGGCCGCGAGGAGCCGCUCUUCAUGUUCGAGUUGGGUUCGCCGGUGGGUGACGUCAAAUGGGCGCCAUACUCCAGCACUGUGUUCGCUGCAUGCACCGCCGACGGGAAGGUGUACGUAUUCGAUCUGAAUGUGAAUAAAUACCGACCGAUUUGCGUGCAAGCUGUCGUAUCGAAGAAGACAAAGAAAUUGACGAGGCUUGAUUUUAAUCCGAAACUACCCGUUAUUGUAUGCGGCGAUACCAAGGGCACGUGUCAUGUACUAAAAUUGUCGCCUAAUUUGCGGGUUAUGGUAAAACCACCAAAGAAAGCUCUUACUACUGACCAAAGGACUUUGCAGAUAAUGAAACUAGACAAACUUUUGACUCUAGUUAGAGACCCGCCGUUCACACCUGGAGUUGUCGACGAAAAGUUUGAAGAUGAUUAAUAUUUAAUAAUGUUAACAUUUCAUAUUUAAUUAAAAUAAAACAUUUUGUUUUUUA